CAAACCGCAAUCGACUUUGUACAAAAAUAUUGUCGUUUACCUUUCACUUCCGGUUCCGGUUUAGACGCCUGUGAAGUGCGCUAGCUACAGGUUACGAGAUUCGAUACGUUUACGUUCCAGCAUGUCUCACAACUACUCCUACAGACGACCACCACCAGCUAAAGAUCUAAGAGCCAGCGCUUUCGACUCUCCAGAUCACCUGCACCCUGGAGACCACAGUCACAAUGUUUACAGAUCGUCCCAGGAGGCUCCGUCUCAUUCCACAAUACCAUCCUACCCAUCCUCCUCAUCCAGAGCCUCUGCUGCCACCGAGUCCCCUUACUCCUUCUCACUAAGCCAGUCAGACCCUUACUCCUCCCUAAGCCGGUCAGACCCUUACUCUUCCUCUCUAAGCCGGUCAGAUCAAACUCUGACCCUCCUGAGCAGCUGUGGGCUUGAGCCCAAAGACUUGUCUCUACUAGCCGAGAUGCCUGAGGAGCUCAUCACUGUGGAGAACCUACCACGUCUGCUCCUGGAGAUCAGAAAGAAGAGGGCGACACAGCAGCCACCAUAUCCAGCUAUGACCUCUUACCCCCCUGCUGCCACAUCUCGCCCCCCACUGCUACCCCUCCUCCAGGCCGUGCGUGGGAGCAGCCUGACCAGAGUCGUUCUCAGCCAUUAGACUACCCCCACCCCGCUCUUCCGCCUUCCCAACUCCUUCCCACAGAACAGGCUGAGCCCUGGCAACUAGAUCGU